GGGCGACGCCCUUCUUCCGACGGCGUCGUCGGGGUUCAUAUACUAGUACACGGAUCACCUCAUUUUUCAAUAACGACUCUCGUGUACACAUCGCAUUAUUGAAAACCAUGGGCUGCACUGAAUCGACCACUGCAGCCACGGCGGAGCCUCAACAGCCUGAAACCACCACGGCGAAGCCUCAACAGCCUGAAGCCACCACAGCGUCGGGUGCGCCCGACCAACCCGCCGCUGCUGUCGUCGCUGUACCCACUACUACUACUACCGGUACCGUUGCUGAAACCGAAGAAAUGAAUACCCCCAGCAAGUGCAUGUAG